UGUAGUAACGUCUGGAAGCAGCGGGUCACCUCAGCAGCUACCGGGAGGAGAACAACAAGAGCAACAGACCGGCUGCACUACACGUCGCUCGGUCCGGGUAUCUUUUGUGAACUUGACGUCGUUCGGAACUAAAACCGAGACCGGAGCGGGACAGUGUGAAGUCACCGGGACGCCGAGCGGGAGCACAUAAAUAACUUUUUUUAAUUUUCUUUUUCUCCGUUGAGGAAAUAGCCUUUCUUUCUGAGCUGCGUGCGCAACAGUGGACCAAGUACAAGUCGGUUUAAGUUCUGGUGUGUUAUUGCGCCUCCGUGGAGCUGUUGGCGGGGAGGAGGACACCAGAGAAGCGGAGGCUCGGCAGCCACCUGACCUCCUGGAAAAUAAGAGCGCAGCUAAUGACACGCAGGCUCAGAUCCCUCCUCGGCUCAGUACUAAUCUCUCUGGCGGAGCGGGACGAGUUUUCCGCGAGGCUGUUGCACGUCCAGUCUUGACUCGCCGUUUCGCACGUGAAGUUUACAGGAUCCAAUUAUCGAUUUUUAAAUUAUGGUAAGUGCUAAUUAAUUCGUGUCAACGGUGAAAGUGAAUUAGUGGGGCUUAAUUGGCUGUUGAAGUCGCCCCCUCCCCUCGCUCUCUCCAGCACAUUGUGAGUAAUAAGUGCACCGUCCGUCAGAGCCAGACAGCAUGGAUAUAACCCGAGUGCGCGUCCUCCGGCGGUCGUGAUGCCAAGCGCCGGUCUAAUCCCGUGCCACCAGCCCGCCAUGCCUGCUCUCUAACCCCGCAGCAGUGUGGCGCCGCGUCCCGGUCGCACCGCCAGGAUGAGCAGCACCGACCUGGAGCGCGUGUCGCUCAGCUCCUCCGCCAACUCGGUGGCUUCCAGCGCGCGGACGCUGUCGGCCAACGUGAGGAAGCUGCACAACGCGCUCAACCUCCUGCUCAACGACUUCGAGAGGGAGCAGUUCAUCCACUGCCUCAACGUGUACCACUCCAAGCGCAACGUGUACGACCUGGUGCAGACCCUCAACGUCAUCCUCAACGCGCCCAGCAAGCGGCAACUUCUGCCCAUGCUGCGGCUGGUCAUCCCCCGCUCCGACCAGCUGCUCUUUGAGCAGUACACCUCGGAGGGCCUCUACUUAAAAUCGGAUUUAGUUGCGAGCAACGGCAACGCCGAACCCCCGCCGGGCGACUUCCCCAGCGCCAGCCCGACCCCGCCGGGGCAUUUCUCGCCCAGCAACCCGCCCGAGUUUCAGGUGGCGUUGCGGGGCUCUCCGGACAGCUUCAGCACCAGCAGCGACGGGACCGCUCCUCUGGUGCCGCUGCUCGGGAGGAACUUCGUCCACGAGCCGCCGGGCGAGCUGCGGCAGGUCACCAUGAAGCGGCACAAGAGCAACGAGGGCCUGGGCUUCAGCAUCCGAGGAGGCUCGGAGCACGGGGUCGGCAUCUACGUGUCCCUGGUGGAGCCCGGGAGCCUGGCGGAGAAAGAGGGUCUCCGAAUCGGUGACCAGAUCAUGAAAGUCAACGACAAAGUCUUCGAAAAAGUCACUCAUGCUGAAGCGGUGAAGGUGCUGAAGGGCAGUAAAAAACUUUGUCUCUCUGUGCGUUCAGUCGGUCGGAUUCCAGGUGGCUAUGUCACCAACCAUGUUUAUACCUGGGUUGACCCUCAGGGUCGGAGUGUGUCCCCUCCUCCUGACCUCCCUGAACAUCGGAGUGCCACCCUGAGAAGAACUGACAGCCAGCGACGCAGCAACAUGCAGCUACUGCAGGAGGGAGAUGAAAAGAAGGUCAACUUGGUUUUGGAUGAUGGCCGGUCUCUGGGUCUGAUGAUCCGGGGGGGAGCAGAAUACGCUUUGGGUAUUUACAUCACUGGAUCGGUGACCAGAUCUUGGAGGUGAACGGCCGCAGCUUUCUGAGCAUCCCGCACGACGAAGCCGUCAGGGUCCUGAAGUCGUCACGGCACCUGAUGAUGACGGUGAAAGACGUGGGCCGCCUUCCGCACGCCAGGACUGUGGUGGGAGAGACCAAGUGGAUUGCCAGCUCGCAGAUCGCAGAGAGCUCCGCCAACAGCAGCGUGGCAGGCUUCUCUGUGGACAAAGGAGCCUCUGCAGCAGGAAAGCCUGGGUUUUAUAAAGGCGUGGCGGGCUCUCAGGUGACCCUGUCCAGCCUGGUGAACCAGUCGCGGGCCAUGCUGGAGGAGCAGGCACGCCACUUGCUGACAGAGGCGGAGCGGCAGACCAUGGGCUACUACGUGGAGGAGUACCGGGACGGGCACAUCGGCGUAGAGCAGCUAGUCGUGGCGCUGUUCGAGCUGCUUAACACACACGCAAAGUUCUCUCUGCUGUCAGAGGUGCGAGGUCUGGUCACCCCACAGGACCUGGAGCAUUUUGACGGGUUGGUGCUGCGACGUGAAAUUCAGGCUCUAAAGGCGCGACAGGGGACAGUCGGAGCCACGGCUCUCCAACCAGACUCCCUGUCCAUGGUGUCAUACCCAGACACCCUGACAUCGUCCUCAGCCAGCUUUAUGACCAACACCACCCUCAGCUCUGCUCGGAACGACAGCGUGGUGGAGAGUAAUGAGGAUGUUCCCGCGGAGAGUCUGAACACGCUGCUGACCGACAUCUCUCUGGACGACGUACAGUCCACCACAGCUGAAUCUCCCCCCUCCUUCAAACCUCCGCCCCCACCAGGGGUGCAGAGGCGCCCAAGUAGACGAGAUCAGGUCAACAAAUGCCCUUCAUCCGAAUCCUCCCACUCAGGCCUCUACUUCACAGCCCCGAGCUCCCACAACCACAGCAAAAAGCCAGGACAUGCCCCCGCCUCGCCCUCACUGCACCACAAACAUCCCAGGGACCCGUCUCAGGACUACGCUGUCGUCAGAAAGAGAGAUCCCUCGGUAACCUCCAAGAAAGAAAAAAUAACAGCUGCUCAGUUGUCUAUGGUCACCCAGCACAACAUCGGCCCUUUCCCCAGGGUGCAGUCUCCCAGCAGAGGCCCCAAACCUGCCGCCCCAUCCCCGUCACCUCCACCUCCACCUCCGCUCCCUGCUCCUCGUCCGCCACCUUCUCUCCCUCUUAAGCCAGUGUCCAUGUCCAAAGCUUCCCCCGCCUCCUCUCCUGGCUCUAAACAACAGUUUGUUACAGUGGAGGUUCAUAGGCCCAACGCAGAGCCCGACGUUAACGAGGUGCGGCCGCUGCCCCAAGCUCGAGGUGGCGCCCUGUCUCAGCUGUCAGACAGUGGCCAGACCCUCAGUGAGGACAGCGGGGUGGACAUAGCUGAGUCAGGACACAUCAGCAAAGACAGCAGCCCCCAUUCCUCACGCACACGCCACCCCCGAGAGACCCAGGGGGGCGGGGGGGACAACCCCUCAAAACCGCCAGGGCUGUUGGAGCCCACCUCUACACUAGUGAGGGUGGCAAAGAGUGCCAGUACCCUGGGUAUUGCCAUUGAAGGUGGAGCCAACACUCGCCAGCCGCUGCCACGAAUUGUCACAAUACAGAGGGGUGGUUCAGCUCACAACUGCGGCCAGCUGAAGGUGGGUCAGGUGAUCCUGGAGGUAAAUGGGGUUUCCCUGAGGGGCCGCGAGCACAGGGACGCCGCACGCCUCAUCGCUGAGGCCUUCAAGACCAAAGAGAGGGACUACGUGGACUUCCUGGUGACCGAGUUCAACGUGGCGCUAUAGCUGUGCGGAGGAGGAGAGAGGACGAUGAUAAAGGCAUGAGAAGAAGAGUCCGAGGACAACAUGAGAGGAAGAAAUUUAAGCGUCUAUGGCACAACUCUUUUAAAUAGACUCAAACAAACACCCAACUGAUCUCUGAGCCCUUUCUCAUAAACCCACCCUUGAGCCUGGACACAUGACACUCAAAUUUACAAGGUAUUACUUCAGCUGUGGACUUUGUUCAGGAUUCUCCUCAACGUGUUACCUCCCCACUGUGAGACCUUAUGCACUAAAACGGAAAGUAGUGAAACCUAUACAUUUUGUUUGUUCUCUGAGUGUUAAAACUUGUGGAUUUACAACCACUUGCAACCCCAACUGGAACUUCUCGUAGCACUCCCACGUCCAAUGGUCAGUUCACUUCACAUUCAUUUUUUGCUUCUAUCUGAGAGACAGCUGCACAUCUAAGGCUGAUUAAUGCUCGACUUUACAAGCUUGGAUUUGUAUAUGUAAAAAUGAACAAAUGUAGAUACAGAUGCAUAUAUACUGUACACAUAAAGAUACUCCUAUAUGAAUUAUAAAACCCGUAACCUCUGUUGCAUCAUCAACAUAUAGUAAUAUAUUUCAAAGAUGAUGAUAAUUCAGGCCAUCCUGGCAGUUCUAUAGAUUUUACAGUGAUGCUACCGGCCUGUCUGCAUAUUACCAACCUUUUACCAAAAGGAAAUGGAUAAAAUUAUGUCAGGCUAACAAAAAUACACAUUACAUUGUCAUAUUUGUUUGAUAGACAUAAAAAAGACUGUACAUGUGAAUGAUAAUUUUCAUAUGGAUACCACACAAAUGCGCAUAAUUUCCUGUUUCCUUUCCUGUGUAUCUGUGUGUAUGAGACUGUCCACACUCAGUGAGGUAAAUUAGAAAAGCUGUUUACAUAUAAAAACAACAUGUAUCCCCAAUACAAACAAUAAGAAGCAGCUAAAUCACUUUUUUUCUCAUCCAUUGGCAAACAUCUCUGCAUUGCUGCCAAAAUCUGGUAAGGAGCGGGACAGAGAGUCUGGUUAUUUUGCUGAGUCUCAGCUGGUAAAAACACAGCUCUGUCCCCUACUGCUAAUUGUGACCUAUACUGUUUUAAUACAGCCAAACCCACAAUUUAGUUGUUCUCAUUGACUUAUUUUUCGGUUUCUGUUUUCAGACAGGUAUAAAUUGUGAUUUGAUCACAGGUCGUACAUGUUACCUGUUAACCAGCAAACAUUUCCUGUGCUGCUGCUCUCAGAUCUCAAUAACAUCCCUAACAGUUCCUUGAGCUCCUCCUUGAG